GAUGCCAAUGAUGACGGCGAGGCCAGGAUUCCCAACGGCCAUGACGAGGACAGCCCAACCAGACCACUACCCACGGCGCCCAUCGCAUGUCGCAUCCUCUACGACCACGUAUCUCUCCUACAGCAAGCCCAUACGCCCGAGCUCGACCCCACCUCCUUCCAGUGGUCCUGGUCCUGCGACGGCCGCAACCCAGACGGCAACCGCUGCGGCAACGUGAGCGGCAUCGACACCGUGCACUACCACUGCGUCUACUGCUCGGACCGGGAUUUCUGCGCAGACUGCCUGGGCCGGCUGCGCGACCCGGCGUCUGGCGUACGCAUCACGGCAUGCAGCCCGCGGCACAAGUGGCUGCGGGUCCCGAAGCUCGGAAGCGACUUCUAUGUUGGGAUGAGGGCGGAGAACGUGCGGAUUCCUCAUGGGGUGCGGACCGUGGGGGGCGACGACAAGGUCUUGGAGAUCUUAUAUGACGAGGGUAGUGAAGGGGAACAGGAAGUCGUUAGCGUGGAGGCGUGGAGGAAGAAGUUGGAACGAGAGUGGGGUGUGAUGGAGGAGAUGGAGAUGGAGGAAGCAGAGGCUGAGACGGAACCAACAUCAGCCAACCCAGCAUAG